CUUCUCUAAGAGACACGCAGACACACCGCUCCAGACGAGAUGAAGUCUUUGAUUUUGCUUGUGAUGCUGGUCUCCAGUGCAGCCACCGUUCAAGACCUGUCUGGAAAAAUCUUGAACUUCUCUGAAAACCGUGCCAGAAGUAUGGCGGUGAAGGUGAUGGUGACACGGGACCAGUUGUCUGCCCUCACCGUCUGCCACAGAUCCUUCACCGACUUGAAGCGAUCGCACACUUUGUUUUCGAUGACCACCCCCACAGAUACUAGCGCUUUCAAAACCGAGUACGACAUUAGCUCUCCCACUCAGUUUAAAGUGCGGGUGCGCGGUACUGUGGCUGGCUACACCAAUGUCAACUACUCCCCAAACAAGUGGCACUCCAUCUGCUCCACCUGGGACUCCAGCACUGGGGUGGUGCAGCUGUGGGUGGACGGACAAGCUCUGACCCGGAAGUACACAAAAGAGCUCCCCAUCACCGGGCGACCCAUCGUUGUCCUCGGACAGAACCCAUCCAAACACGGAGAUGCCUUCGUAAGCACUGACUUUUUCGUGGGGAUGAUGUCAGAUGUUAACAUGUGGGACUUUGUGCUGACUCCCUGUGAGAUCCAGAGGUACAUGAAGGACCUGAGCUACAGUCCAGGAAACGUCAUCAACUGGAGAAACCUGGACUCACUGAUCACCGGGAGAGUCUUCAUCGAAAACAAACAGAUCUGUAGACCCGAGGAGCUUUAAAGGUGCACUAUGUAUCUUCUUGGUUGGGGGUUCCUCACCUGCUUGUUUCCAUGGAUAUGCCAUUGCUCUGCCUGGAAUGUUCCACAGUAUGACAUUAAACAGCUCUCCCUUACAUUUAUUUAAUUGCGGGUGGUUUUAUUGCUCCAAAAUACUUAGAAAUACAGGCAUUCUGACUGUGAGUGGGGUCACCUCUCCACAGAUCUGACUUUUAACUUGGUCUGGUUUGGUCUCCAUGAAGAUAGAA